CACCAUAUGUACAUAUGUAAGAAGUCACUGGACCGAACGCUCAUUAUCCUACCCCCUCCGAGUCCAAGACCACUUAUUGUUUCUACUACUUCUCGGCCACUACGGGGCAAAGUUCCCUAGUUCCUGUUCUUGGCUCUACUUCAAUAAUGAUCAUGCAUGGUCGAUACAUUCGCAUCUUCAUUUCCUGGUUGGGGCACUUUGUCAAGACAGCCGCAUUUCAGUCGUACAGGAGUCUCCUCUCUGUCCUGCUGAGACUGAUCCGACACUAUCAAACUGUCUUUAAUGGAAGGGAACGGGAUUUUCGAGAACGUCCCGGUUUAGCAUUGAGCUCUCUAAAUCAGCCAGUAACCAAUCAAGACAGGCCGACGCCUUCGGCCACCCUCGCAGUGCCGUUGCUCGAAGCACCUCUGCAAAGUCAAGGGUCCCAACCUGGAACGAGCCUUCAGUUUUCAACUCGCAGCGAACUUAAUGAAAGGCCGAUUAACGUAGCUUAUAAUGCACAGUCUCCCCUCACGUCUUCUGCCCCACCGGUACCAAUGUCUAUGCCUGAGCCCAACAUUUACAACCCCAUGAGUGUCGCCACGCCACCGCAUCCUGCGGCGCCAGUACAUAUCACCCUAACUCCCAUUGUACCCGGACCACAAGUCAGGCGAUACGACAGGCAUGUCACAGUUAAAGAUGUGCGUGCAGCGUUUAAGGUCAAGAAAGGUCCUUUGGACUGUUCAAAGGAACCUGUUGCUGUAGCAGGGUGGGAGCCGCUCACACACCCUGAAGGGGCUUUGUUCUUCUAUCAUCCGAAAGAAAGAGUUUUCACUGAUGCCAAUGUUCGAGAUCCUGUAAUUGCUGCCAAAGCAAGCGCAGCUGUCGAGGAGGCACACAGAAAAGUGCACGAGGCAAACAUUAGCAAUGACAUACAUCCACUCGUCGAACUAGCGUUGGAGCUCAUCACAAAUGAUGGCGCAGAAAAGUGGGGCUACUACUUUGUUGAUCACAACAAACGUGUCAUUUUCUGGUUCCAAGACCACACAUCUGAUUUCCUCAUAAACAAAGUUCGAGGCGUAGAGCACGAAAGCCACGUCAGGUAUGCACUUGAAUCGCAGUACUGGAGACAUAUCGAACUAUUUCCAAACAAACGCUCCCUCCCGGAAAAUGUCGUCGUGCAACUCAAAGAAAUAGUCAUGCUCGCUCAGGCAGAAAAUAUCACUUCUGAAACAUGCCUAGCACCUUUUGCUUCGGAUGAGGUAGCAAGUAUGCUCGGCCUUGUGGAUCUUCUCAUGGGCAGUGCUAACAAGGAGCGUGAGCACUCCGUGUGGAUCGUCGCUCGAUUCACGAGACUUUUUUGCAACGCCAAGUUUGUGAAUUUUUGCGGACAACCAGGCGCCCGACUUGAUGUAGACCAAUCGUUGUACGGAAAUCCCAAUGCGCGCUCGAAAGGGAUCCUUCGGUUCAUGAAUGUUAUUCUAUUUGGAUCAUUCGAUGCUCAAAGCAAGGCUAUUCAUAGGAUAUGGGUUGACGAACUUGUUGUUCAGCCGCGGUGGAAGAACUUUAUCGAUAGGCUCACCAUUGAAUGGAAUGGAUACACAAUAUAUUCCACUGUGAUGCUUGCUGUUGAUAUCAGCUUUCUUGCUGUUCAAUCUGUCCAGGCUCAAAUGACCACGACCCUUCUAGCAUAUCUGUCCACCCUCUGCGUCAUGGGCUCAUUAGUGGUCUCACUGAUAUUAGCUAGACAAGUUAAUGACACCCGGCGACGCUCCGCUGAAGAUGUGGCCUUUUUCAUGCUAGGGAUGUCCCGUUCUAUGCUCGGCCUCGAGAGCCUUGCCCUCAUGCUGAGUCUGCCGUUUGGACUUCUGAUUUGGGCAAUGGUGUUCUUUGCUGCUGCAUUGUCCGUCCUGAUUUUCCGCACUGCUGACGUUGUCGUCGUCUCGAUUGCAUCUCCCGUUUGGUUCGCCAUCUUGUGCCUAGCGACGUGGCUCGUACUGGCAGCCAACGAUUUUCACGUUUCCCGCUUGAGGUCCUGGAUCAUAGAACGAGUGUCGCGGGUCACCACCCCCUCUAUUGUCUGAUCUGGGUAGUCUAAUUGCAGUGAUGUUGUUAUAUUCUUUGUCUCAAGAGGGAAAAUGAUGAUGCGUCUAUUGACGGCUUGCUUCAUAGUACGGACUCGGCUAUGUUUCCACUUCAGUAGUUUCGAAUGGAAAACGGCACAUGGAAAACAGCACAAAACUGUCUCAGCUUCACAUCAAGUUCUUGUGUAUUGUCAUCUCCUUGUCGAUGUUUCUCGCUAGUCCACUUGAAUCAAGAGAGCGGAUGUAUAGCAUCUGAGUUAGUCUGAACGGUG